UUUCUUCCUUCUCUUCAAUUCCCCAUUAAAAUCAUCUCAUCAAGAUCCUAAAUUUACACGAAGGAAACAAGAAAGCAAGCUUGGAAAUUCAGUUUUUUUAUCAAAGAGUUGAAACCCUGUUUUCUUCUCGGUCUGUUUCGGCUUCCUCUUUACCGAAUGGCUAUGGAACCAAACUUCUUUGAGUCUUAUGGAGAUGUUUCACUCAAGCACAAAUGGAAUUCUAUACCAGAACCAACAGAAGACCUCGAAAAAGAUUCGGGCUGCUUCGAUUGCAGCAUUUGCUUCGAGUCUGCAAAAGACCCUGUAGUCACCCUCUGUGGUCACUUGUACUGCUGGCCAUGCAUUUACAAGUGGCUUAACGUCCGAGCUUCUUCCCUCGAUUCAGGUCCGCAACAGAAGAGCUGUCCCGUGUGCAAGGCGACCAUCUCUUCCGGUUCACUGGUUCCCCUCUACAGUCACGGCACAUCUUCGCAGUCGCAUUCCAAGGAUCCCCAUCCAGAUAUGGUCAUUCCCCAAAGACCACCUCCUCCUACAUCGAACAUCACGACCACUUCUUUGCAUCUAAAUCACCAGCAAUACUUACCUCAACCUCACGGAGGAUACGAGACCUCGGCAUCGUCCGACCUCGGCGGUAUACCUACGACGAAUCCGUUCCAUCCGACGAUCGGAAUGUUGGGAGAAAUGGUGUGUGCUAGAAUGUUCGGGAGCUCAAACACAAGCAUGCUUGCUUAUCCAAACCAGGCUCCUUACCAUUUUCCAAGGAACAAUAGUCAUAGGAUGAGAAGGCAAGAGGUCAAGGUUGAAAAAUCUCUUAGUAGAGUAUCCAUGUUUCUUCUUUGUUGCAUCAUUCUUUGUCUUCUAUUGUUUUGAGAAGGAUUGAACUUUAGCUUGUAUAGUCGCAAAAAGAUGAAAAGAAGAAGAAGAAAUUAUUGGAAAAUUUAUGAGGAA